GGUGAAGCGGGCGCCGCACCGACGUGCCGCGGCCCCUCCUUGCCGUGCCCGCGCCGAGGUCCCUCCCGCGGAGGGCGGGCCCGGCUCCCGCGGCCUCUCGGGGCUCUCCGCGGCUUCCCGUUGGCAGGCCUGGAAGGUCCUGGGAUCUUCCCUCCUCUUCGUGCUCUAGAGAGCUGACUGAAGAAUAGUGAAAGUCGAGGAGAGAAGGCCACAGGAGGCACCAUGUUCCGAAAGAAAAAGAAGAAACGCCCUGAGAUAUCGGCCCCACAGAACUUCCAGCACCGCGUCCACACCUCCUUUGACCCCAAGGAAGGCAAGUUCGUGGGCCUCCCCCCACAAUGGCAGAAUAUCUUGGACACCUUGAGGCGGCCCAAGCCUGUGGUGGAUCCUUCUCGAAUCACACGGGUGCAGCUGCAGCCCAUGAAGACGGUGGUGCGGGGCAGCUCAGUGCCCACGGAGGGCUACAUCUCAGGGCUGCUCAACGACAUCCAGAAGUUGUCGGCUAUCAGCUCCAAUACCCUGCGCGGACGCAGCCCCACUAGCCGGCGGCGGGCACAGUCCCUGGGGCUGCUAGGGGAUGAGCAAUGGGCCGCUGACCCGGACAUGUAUCUUCAGAGUCCUCAGUCUGAGCGCACUGAUCCCCAUGGCCUCUACCUCAGCUGCAAUGGGGGCACACCAGCAGGUCACAGGCAGGUGCCGUGGCCGGAGCCACAGAGCCCACAGGCCCUGCCCAAUGGACUGGCAGCCAAGGCACAGUCCUUGGGCCCUGCUGAGUUCCAGGGUGCCUCGCAGCGCUGCCUGCAGCUGGGUGCCUGCCUACAGAGUUCCCCACCUGGCACCUCACCCCCUAUGGCCACAGGGAGGCGUGGGGUGAAGGCUGCCAAGCAUAGCUCAGAGGAGGUGCGGCCACAGUCCUGUCUGGUGGGCUCCGCCACUGGCAGGCCAGGUGGAGAAGGCAGCCCUAGCUCUAAGAACCAGGAAAGCAGCCUCAAGCACCGGCUCUUCCGAAGCAUGUUCCUGUCCACUCCCGCCACAGGCUCUGCAAGCAGCAGCAAGCCGGUCCCUCUGCCACAGAACAAGCUCAACUCUGCUUUCCGACCGCCGCAGAAAGAUUCCUCCUCAAACCUGGUGGCCAAGGCCCAGUCUUUGCCCUCGGACCAGCCUAUGGGGACCUUCAGCCCCCUGACCACCUCGGAUACCAGCAGCCCCCAGAAGUCCCUCCGCACAGUCCCAGCCGCUGGCCCACUUCCAGGCCGGUCUUCUCCAGCAGGCUCCCCCCGCACGCGGCAUGCUCAGAUCAGCACCAGCAACUUAUACCUGCCCCAGGACCCCACCGUGGCCAAGGGGGCCCUGGCCGGCGAGGACACAGGCAUUGUGACACACGAGCAGUUCAAGGCUGCACUCAGGAUGGUGGUGGAUCAGGGUGAUCCCCGGCUGCUGCUGGACAGCUAUGUGAAGAUUGGGGAGGGCUCCACGGGCAUUGUGUGUCUGGCCCGGGAGAAGCAUUCGGGUCGCCAGGUGGCCGUCAAGAUGAUGGACCUCAGAAAGCAGCAACGCAGGGAGCUGCUCUUUAAUGAGGUGGUGAUUAUGCGUGACUACCAGCACCUCAACGUGGUGGAGAUGUACAAGAGUUACUUGGUAGGCGAGGAGCUGUGGGUGCUGAUGGAGUUCCUGCAGGGCGGGGCCCUCACAGACAUCAUCUCCCAAGUCAGGCUGAAUGAGGAGCAGAUUGCUACUGUGUGUGAGGCUGUGCUUCAGGCCUUGGCUUACCUGCACGCCCAGGGUGUCAUCCACCGGGACAUCAAGAGUGAUUCCAUUCUGCUGACCCUCGAUGGCAGGGUAAAGCUCUCAGACUUUGGAUUCUGUGCUCAGAUCAGCAAAGAUGUCCCCAAGAGAAAGUCCCUGGUAGGAACCCCAUACUGGAUGGCUCCUGAAGUGAUCUCCAGAUCUCUGUAUGCUACCGAGGUGGAUAUCUGGUCUCUGGGCAUCAUGGUGAUUGAGAUGGUGGACGGAGAGCCUCCCUACUUCAGUGACUCCCCAGUGCAAGCCAUGAAGAGGCUCCGGGACAGCCCCCCACCCAAGUUAAAGAACUCUUACAAGGUCUCCCCAGUGCUGCGAGACUUCCUGGAGCGGAUGCUGGUACGGGAACCCCAAGAGCGAGCGGCGGCCCAAGAGCUCCUGGAUCACCCCUUUCUGCUGCAGACAGGGCUGCCCGAGUGUCUGGUGCCUCUGAUCCAGCUCUACCGCAAGCAGACCUCUGCCUGCUGAGGUCACACCCAGGGUGCACCUGCCGCCUGCACCCACAGCCCUAGGACGCUGGGCAGCCCGGUCCACUGGCAGGGCCUGCCUGCCUUGUUCUCUCAGUAUUCUCUCCAAAGAUUGAAUGUGAAGCUCCACCCCUUCCCUCUUGCCCUUCUGCCCACUGGGCCAGGCCGGACCUGCCCCCCUCAAUCUCACUCCCCAGAGUCCCAGUUGCCUUUGGGAUGACAGUGACCCCUUUUGCAGGUUUGGCCCUUUGCUGUUUGCACAGGGAUGUUUCUAAGAAACACGGAGAGUGGUGCUCCUGGCCACCGGUCAGCACAGCUGACAGGCCGCUGCAGAUUUUAAAAAAGCAGUGUCCACUAGUGUCCUGGGCCACCAAGUGGGUGUGUGCCCCAUCUUCACACGGAUACUUGCUAUUCUCAGUUACAGCUUCAAACCCUGGAGUCCCAGAGGGCCAUGGGGAAGAAUUUUAUUACCUGAGUCCUUCUUCCUCCCUGGGUUUGACUUCUGGAAGCCCUACUUGCCCCUGUUUCCGUCUGUCCCCUGGCACAGCCUCUCCCCAGAAGGCCUCCGCAGAACUGUGAAUUGCCUGUGUGUAGGCCACGGAAGUAGCAAGGGGAUCUUCUGAGAGAGAGAGUGUACGGCUGAUGGUAAAAAGUGGCUCCAUUUUUCAGGAUGGAGAGAACAUAUUCUCAUUCUCUCUCUCUCUCUUUCCCCCGUGUGUGUGUGUGUGUGUGUGUGUGUGUGUGUGUGUGUGUGUGUGUAAAGUCCCCCCAAAGGCCCAGGCCCUUCCAGUUACCCACUUCAGAAGAGCUCCCCCCCACGUCUUCUUUUCUACCAAGCUCUACUUUGAAGGGACCUGCUUUGGGGGCCUGGCUUUCUGCCUCUCAAGUUUCAUGUUAUUACCUGAACAGUGAAGGGGUGUGUGUAUGUCAAGUCUAACACAUGCUGGGGGCCCCUGAAGUUUCUGAGUUUCUCCCAGACUGAGACAGGAAUUGCAUUACCUGCCAGCAACUUCUCAGUAGCCAGAUCAUCAGGGACCUUCUUUGGAACCCUGGGCUGGGACAGAAAGGCGAACCACCUCCUGCGGUGGGGGAGGCUCAUGUCAAGGAAUGGGUACCUCCGUGUGUGAACCAGCUGCCCCUGCAGAUGCUUACCUGCCCCUUUGUCCCCCCUCCCUUCCCACCUUCCUGGCUGUUGUGAGACAGGGAAUGCCAAGGAAGAACUCCACCGUCUGGACCGCAUCCAGAUAAUAUUUUUAGAUCCCUCUGCUCCCUGAUGACCUGCAUUUAGGGCAAAGAAAUUGCAAGGUCUUUUUUUUAAGGGUCAGAGUUUUAAAAACAAAAGCAUCUUCCCUAGAAAUUUUUGUGAAUUGUUUGCAACUUGUGCCUGUUUUAAAUUAAACUGAAUGUUCGAA